AUGUCACAUCCAGCCGCAAAUCGCAAACGUACACGUCCUUUUGAAGGUCCGGUUUUUCUCGACAACAACUCGGAUUCGCUAGUGGACGAGAUAUUAGCGCGUCAAACAGACCUCUUGCAAGGAAAUCUGUUAGACCCAGGUUUUGGCCGUGAUACGGCCAGCAGCGCCGCUGGUGCCGGUGCUUUCAACGGAGGCCCUGCGGGACCACGUUUACUGCCAGAAGCUGAUCAAUUUGAAGACGAAGAAGAUGAUGACGUGAUUUUUCUUAAAGAACAACCCGUUGGGUUCGACGCCCCCAAUUACAAUGAUUCCUACUAUACUGCCAAAAAAUUCAAAAAACAACGAACUGUAUCGUUACCACAGUUGCCACACGCCAAGCUUUUGUACGAAACGCGUAAGGCUUUCCCACGCCGACAAAAUGAUGACGAUCUUUUGCAUCUCAGCGGCAGCUCCACCCGCACUAUUGAUGGUAAUCGCAGCGUGAUGCUGAAGGUGAUUCGCAGUGUGUCUCCCACGUCCCGAAUUUCAAGCGAGGCCACUCCCGUCGAGUCUACCAUCUUCAAAAGAGCAACCGCUGCUCCCAAACUGUCCAAGCUAGUCUCUGGCAGAAAGCGCAAGAAGGAAUUUUUCGUCACCGACAAAGAGGGACACUAUGUGUACCAGGAAAAUGAUGUUUUUAGCAAUGGCAGGUUCAUUGUCAAGCGGCUUCUUGGACAAGGGACUUUUGGGAAAGUCGUCAAAUGCAUCGAUUCAAUGCCACAACUGUGCACAAUGGAUUCCUAUCAACAGUUUGAGGAUCCAUUUGCUGAAUCUUAUCAAGAUUUCGGUUCAGGCGCUUCGAUGAAUGAUGCUGGCGCACAACAGCAGGGGAAAUUUGUCGCUGUCAAAAUUAUCCGCGCCGUGGAUAGAUACCGUGAAGCGGCAAAAACUGAGCUUAGAGUUCUCAAGACAAUUUUAGAAAACGAUCCAUCAGGUACGUUCCAAUGUCUACUCUUACGCGAGUGCUUUGACUAUAAAAAUCACAUAUGCUUGAUUACCGACCUCUUAGGCAAGUCCAUAUAUGAUUUUAUGUGUGAUAACGGCUGCGCGCGGUUUCCCGGUUCCCAAGUUCAAGCGAUUUCCAAGCAGCUCAUCCGUUCGGUAUGUUUCUUGCAUGAUUUGGGCAUUAUUCACACAGACUUGAAACCGGAAAACAUUCUGCUUUGCGAUGAGUCGUAUGUUUCAAAACCCUUGUCACAACAAGCCAUCGCAAGUCUCAGUCCUAGACGCCGUACGGCUAGUGGUGGUGAACGCAAAUUUCUGACAAAUCCGGAAGUGAAGUUGAUCGAUUUUGGCAGCGCUGUUUUCUAUAACGAGUUUCACCCGGCAGUUAUUUCAACGCGCCACUAUAGGGCACCCGAAAUAGUUCUAGGCCUUGGGUGGUCGUUUCCUUGCGAUGUGUGGUCCAUUGGAUGCGUCUUGGUCGAGCUCGUUACGGGCGAAUCAUUGUAUCCAAUUCACGAGAACUUAGAACAUAUGGCCAUGAUGCAGCGGUUCAGCGGCAAACCUUUCCCCACCAAAAUUAUCGAGAAAAUGUUUUACAAAGCGGAGCGUAAAUUGGGCAAUUUACCUCCAGACUUGAAUGCUACUGUCGUAAAACAUUUUGAUAAGGAAACUUGCGCCUUGAAGUGGCCCGAGAGGAAUCGAAAGGGUGACAUAGUCACGAAGGAAAAAUCGAUGAGGCGGGUCUUAACUACGUGUGAUCGACUUGACAAAUACAUCUGUCAGAAAAUACGACAAGAUUACGGAGAAUGGUUAUCAAUUAAUUGGGAUAUGUCUGCAGAGGAUAAUUGGGUCUCUAUUGAAUCCAGAUUCUCUGAUAAAGAACUAGAUAGGGAAACCUUUCUCUUUUGGUAUUGGUUUUUGGAUCUUUGCAAGAAAAUGUUCGAGUUCGAUCCAACGAAAAGGAUUACCGCAAGGGAGGCUAUCGAACACGAAUGGUUUAAUUUUGGGAUUUUGGAUGAAGGUAUCGCAAGCUUUGGGAAGGUUUAG